GCACAAAUCAGUCUCAUUGCUCCACGGAAAAUUUCAAAUCUCCCCCUCAUUUUCUCUGCAAAACCUUUCCGAGAGAAGCCAAGAAGAUGUCCGGACGGGGAAAGGGCGGCAAGGGGCUCGGCAAGGGCGGCGCCAAGCGCCACCGCAAGGUGCUGCGGGACAACAUCCAGGGGAUCACGAAGCCUGCAAUCCGUCGCCUGGCUCGGCGAGGUGGAGUGAAGCGGAUCAGUGGGCUCAUCUACGAGGAGACCCGUGGCGUCCUCAAGAUCUUCCUGGAGAACGUGAUUCGUGAUGCCGUCACCUACACUGAGCAUGCACGCAGGAAGACCGUGACGGCCAUGGAUGUGGUGUAUGCGCUCAAGCGGCAGGGUAGGACACUGUACGGGUUCGGCGGCUAGAGUUUAGGAUAAUGGAUAAAACCUGUGCUUAGUGAGGUCAGUAGUGCAUCUUGAUGCUCGUUGGUUGUCGGAUCUUUUUUUGUAGUACGUGAAGUGAAAAAAUUGGCUUUAUAUGCAUUGUCCGAAUUGUUUUUCUUUUUCUUUUUCCAUGUCUGGAAAUUAUAAUUCGGUUUCUGCCAUAUUCCCCAUCUUCAAAUUUGCAUAUGCCGGCGUUUGGUUGGUUAAUGUGAUCUUGGUUAAGUCGCUCUUGUUCCCUUUUCGACUUCUGAUUUUUU